AUGAAGCUGCUAAAUAAAAAGGCAAGUUCUAAAAAGUUAUCUCAAGGUGAGCUGCAGCAGCAAGUAACUUUGAAAGAUGAAGAAAUACAACGCCUCAAGGACCUGCUACAUCAAGGAAUGAACAACCUUCCUGUUAAUAUAAUUGUUGAUGUCCUUAAAUUUUCUGUUGAUAUAUUUCCAAAGAAGCUUCAGAAGGAGCUUCCAAGAAAGAGAUAUCCUCGAGUGGUUCCCCGAUUUUUCCUGUGGCUUGAAGAACACAACCGGUUCCCCGACUUUUCCUGUGGCUUGAAGAACACAACCUCCUGGUGA